AUGAGCCAUAACAAGUACAGGUCACGGGAGGUCCACAAUUCUUUAAGGAAAAACAUGAACAUCACAAACCGUUCGUCUCAGGUUCUUCAGGAAAAACAGAAUGACCAGCCGACUUCGAAAAUGCAAAUGGGAUCUCAAAAAGGACCAAAUGAGAUACCCAACACCCAAGAGCAAAGACUCUAUUCCCCUAAGAAAACUCGACAAGAUCAGACCACUCUCCCAAUUAAAAUGAUCAACAUCACCUUGGGGGUAAGCCCUGAGGCACCUAUGCGCAUUCCCAUCCAUGGGGAGACACUUAGUUUAUAUGAGGCGCUCAACACCCUUGACCCUGUCAAAAGAGAGAUAGAAAGACAGCCAGGCAAAGAAAUGCUGGUGUAUGGCAAAGGAGGAAUAGAAGGGUACAUAAACCUUGGCAUGCCCCUCCUCUGUUUUCCGGAAGGCAGCCAUGUGGUCAUUACGUUUUCCACAACUGAAAGUGAGGAGAAAGAAAAUAAUGAAGUGCGUGGUCGCUUUGACCAGUCAUCUGCUGAGUGUGUUGUAUUUUACGUUCAUGCAGUCGGAAAUAGGGAGCAAAGGAUCCUGAGGUGCAGGGAACUUGACAAGGAGGGGACCAAAGUCUGUGUGUAUGGCUUCCAAGGAGAGACCAUCAAGGCCACUCUGAGGAAGGAUGGCAGGUUUCAAUCCUUUGUGGAGAGUGACCAUUGGAAACUCAUUCACAAUGAUACCAUCAUAGCAAACACCCAGCCGGUUGAUGUGUUACAGGGCAAGCUCUUUCUGAUUGAGGUUGAAAGAAAGAAAAGUCCUUGGGCGGUAGCAGCAACUCAGAAUUCUGAGUUAGAGGACAGAAACUUCAGUGAGUUAAAAGGAUACAUUGUGAAUUUGUACCCCACACUAAGAGCAGAACGUGAGAAAAUGAGAGCAUACAUUAAGGAAGAAAGUGAAAAUUGUAAAGAAAGGUCUCUUUUUAAAGCCCAUAAGAGGAGCUUCCGGGAACUGACAAAAAGCUCUACUCCAAGUAAAGUCUUCAGACUUCUUUCACAGUUCAUUGAUUCCACUGGGCUCCUAGUUUGGGACAAUAAUGGAAACAGGGGUAGUGCCACUUGCUUCGUUUUUAGAGGGUUGUACAUUUUCACUUGUCGCCAUGUAUUAAAUGACAUUGUGGGAGAAGGAAGAGAGCCACUCGAGUGUACAGACCUAAUUAGCCAAUGUGUAAGGGUGACAUUUGAUGAUGAAGAUUGUAAAGAGCCAGCCUCAAACUUCAACAAUUGUUUUUGCAUUGAACCUUGGCUUGGCAUAUCUGAUGAAACUCUUGACUACGCUGUCCUGAAACUGAAGGAAAACGGACAACAUGUGCCUGCCGGACUGUAUAAUGGAAUAGCUCUUGUACGCCCCAGGGAGUUGACAUAUAUGAUUGGCUAUCCAAAAGGACAAAGGGUUAUUGAGGGUUGUACAGGGAUCCCUCAAGGUAAACCAAGAGAGAAAAAUCAGCAAUGUGUUCUUGGAACAGAAGCAGCAGGUGAUAAUCAUUCUUUAAAGUACCACCAUAUGUAUACUCAGAGAAGUUUCCAAGAAAUAUUUGACAACCCUAAUGACUUUACCUAUAAUACGUUUUAUUGUGGUUCUUCUGGAUCUCCAGUAUUUGAUUGUAAUGGUUCUCUGGUGGCCAUGCAUAUUGCUGGCUUCAUUUGUAAGCAUGAAAGAGGAAUUUUCAAUAUCAUUGAGUUUGGUACAAGGAUGGAAUCCAUCCUUGAUGAUAUUAAGCAAAAAGAUGAAAUAUGGUAUAAUGAAAAUUGUGUAAAUCAGCAGAAUAUAGAAAUGUACAAUGAAGCCCAUAUAAAUCAGCAGGGUGAAGAAAUGGACAAUGAAACCUACAUAAGUCAGCAGGAUGUAGAAAUGGACAAUGAAGAUUGUAUAAAUCAGCAGGAUGUAGAAAUGUAUAGUGUUGGUUUUUGA